CAAAACAAAACAAACAAAAAAAAAAAAAAGAAAAAAAAAAGUGAUUGUGUACACUAUUGUUAGCAUCUAAUUCCUUCACAAUUUUCAAUUUUCAACUUCUGGGUGUCUUCAAAAUCAACACUUUGUUCGAUUUUCUCUUCUGGGUAGGUCUCAAAAUUCCCAAAUUUGAGAAAUGGUUCUUGUUUCUGUGUUGAUCCUAUUUGGUUUUCUUCUUGGUGUGAUUGUUGUUGUUGCUGCCGAAUUUCUUGGUUUCUUGUGGAUCCUUAAACGACUGCGUAGAAAGUUUGACAGUGACAAAGCCAAAAUUUCAUCAAUUACACAACAACUUGAUCGCAGUGCUAGUUCACAAUUUGAUUCUCAUCAUUCUUUUAAGAAAGAGAUUGUACAUGUCAUUGAUUUUGGAUUUGGGUUUGGGUUUGGCUUUCUUCAGGGUGUGGUUUGGGUUGUAGAACCAGAAAAGGUUUCAAAAUACUGGGUGGAAAGAUCAUCAAAAGAGGUGAAAAGGAAAAAAGAACUUUUUGAGGUUUCUCCUGUUAGAAAGUAUGGUAAACUCAAUGGUCAGUCACUUGUUCUCACUGAGCCUGAUGGUUUGAAUACAACCAUUCAGCUCAAAGGAUGCCUUGUUGAAGCUGUUUCUGCCACAAGCCUUCCUACAAAGAAAUGGGCAAAAAAGUUCCCCAUCAAAGUGGAAAACAAGACCUCUGUGAUAUACCAUGGAAGCAAAACUCUCUACGUAUAUCUUGAGACUUCAUCCGAGAAAGAGGCAUGGUGUAAGGCCCUCCGUUUGGCCUCAUGUGAUGAAAGUGAUAAACUCCAAUGGUUUUCUCGGUUGCAAGAAGAGUUUCAUAGUUAUCUGACAACAUUAAAUACUGAAUAUCAUUCUUUUAUGAAACCUUCAAUAGGAGCAAGUGUUGAGGCAAUAGAAAGGGCUACUAAGUCAGAUGGCUCUUCCUCAAAGGUCCGUCAAUUUUUGAAAAAAAUUACGAAAAGAACUUCUCGAGUUGGCGUGGAUAACAAAUCUGGUUGGACUUCGUUCUCAGGCCGUGAAGACAGAAAGAAAACGGAGAAGCUCCGUGCUUGUCAAGAUGCAGUUUUAGCCACUGGCAUGAUGAAAAAUGCUUCUGCAGCAAAUCAUCUGAAAAGUUCCAUGUUAGACGAUUCUUCACCAACGUCAACAACCUUGUCUCAUUCAGGAAGCCAAAGUCAUUUUUCUGUCUGUUCUGAUACCGAUGAAAAGUUUGGUAUUGAUGAGGGAACAUUAUGUUGGAAUUUGUUGAUUUCCCGACUCUUUUUUGAUAUCAAAGGCAAUGAAACAGUGAAGAAAUCCGUGCAAGAAAGAAUUCAGAGGACGAUGUCCAACAUCAGAACUCCCGCUUACGUAGGUGAAGUCAUCUGUACAGACAUUAACAUGGGGAAUGUACCACCCUGUAUCAUUGGAAUGAGGGUUCUUCCUGUGGAAAUGAGUGAGGUAUGUGCCUUAGAGAUUGACAUUGAAUAUUCCGGAAGUGCAAUAUUAGAGAUUGAAACAAGGCUAGAAGUUGGUGAACUAGAGUGCCAUAGGGGGGCAGAGGGCCUGAAUCCCGAGUCGACCAAUGCUGGGUCUGUCCCAUCAGAUAUUCUUCAAGAUUUUGAAUAUUUUGAUAAGCAAUUAGGUCUUGCAGAAGGAACAAACGAUUUGCGAGAUAUUAAAGAAGAUGGUGACUUGAACACUGAUGUGUCCAAGAAGCUUAGGAAUACACCUUCAACUCAUGGAUCAAGAUGGAAGUCUAUGUUAAAUUCUGUCGCCAAGCACGUUUCACAGGUUCCUAUCUCGUUAGCAAUAAGGGUAGCAUCGCUCAGAGGGACACUGCGUUUUCUAAUAAAGCCACCACCGUCGGAUCAACUGUGGUACGGUUUCACAUUUAUGCCUGAUAUAGACUUCAACUUGGAAUCAUCUGUUGGAGAACACAAGAUAACUAAUACACACAUUGCUUUGUUCCUCAUCAACCGACUCAAGGCAGCGAUUCGGGACACUUUAGUGCUCCCAAAUAGUGAAAGCAUAAGCAUUCCAUGGAUGCUAGCGGAAAAGAAUGAUUGGGUUCCUCGGCAAGUUGCUCCAUUCAUAUGGAUCAACCCAGAAUCCGGUAAUGAAACUUCAAGUUUAAUUGAUCCCCAUAAUCAAACUUCUGGUGGAGUGAAAGCUAGUAAUCCAGAACAGAAACAACAAAAAUCAAAGAAUAGCGAAUCGAGUCAUCAGCCAGCUAGGAAAUCAGAAUCUCUGUCACUUCCAUCAGGUUCUGCUAUUUCAGAAGCAUUAAGGAAUAGCAAAAGUUUGGAAGAAUUGACAAAACCUUUAUUAGAAAGUGACCAACCACAAGAAACUAGUGAUUUGAAAGAACUUAGUAUGCCUUUUUUAGAAAGUGACAAUGAAGGUAGUGCAGAGAAGGUGGAGGAUGUUUCUGUUUGCAGUUCACCUUCGAAUAGUGCAGUGAUAGAUAGGUCCAUCAGUUCAAUUCAACAGGACGAGUCAAAGCCGAAGAAAGUCGGGAGAAGGGAAAGGAUGUUUGAUUUGCGAAAGAAAAUGAGUGAGAAAUUUGAAGAAAAGAAGCGUCACAUUGAAGAAAAGAGUAGGCACAUUGUCGAGAAGAUGAGAGCGCCUUCAGAGAAAUAAAACACAGAAAAUAUCAAAAUGCAAUAUUUGUUACUGAAUUCUUAAUUAUGUUAGAGAUUAGUAUCAUUCAUAAAUAAGAAUGUUGAGUACCAGAUAUUGUUUCAUUGAUGAGUUGUAAAUUUUCUAGGGGGAUUAGAAGAUCAAAUGGAAUUCCAUGUAUAGUUACAAAAAAGUAUUUUCAUUGCAUUACACUGGAGUUCCAAAAUGCUUUGACUUGGUUCUCUUGUAAAUUUGCAAUAGCUAUAUAAUUGAAGAUUCUUUUAAUUGUUUGGAUACCAAAUAACCUUGUGACAGAUAAAUGCUCUUAUUUGAGGUGUAUUUUCAUUUUUUUAAUAUUUGUA